AUGGUGUCCUCCACCACUCACGGCUUUGAUGGAUCCCCUGUCAGCAUCGGCGACAUGGCGCAGACUGACGGAAGCGAAAGAAGGUUCCAUGGCAUCCAUGACAAGGGCACUGCUGUAGUCUACCUAGCACGAUACGCUAUGUACUCUCUCAACUCCUCAACUCAACUCAACUUCUAUCUUCAUCCAAAAGUCACACUCAACUCUGCUCUGCUCUACUCUACAACAUUUACAAUGGCUGCUUUCACUCUCACAUUUGCUCCCACUACCCGAUCCUUCGGCCGAUCUGGCUACAACAAGGACGGCGACGACUCUGACUCCAAGCCCACAAACAACCGUGGUCGAUCUGGCUACAAUGACCCUGAGGAGGGAGACUCUGGUCGCUCUGGCUACAACGGUCCUGAAGACGAUGAUUCCUCCAAGGGCAACAAGGGUCGCUCCGGCUACAAUGGUCCCAGCGACAACGACGAGGAGUAA